ACUCAGAGAAUGGGGAAACCAGCUGGGUAUUGGGUGAAUAAGAUCAGGACAUCAUUCAAAGGAGGAUCAUCGUCGAGCAAAUCAUUAGAUGAAGGGAGUACUUCCGGUUCAAGAAAGAACGGUUCGAAGCAUAGUAAGAAUCUGAAAGCAGAGGAAGCUAAUAAGAAUGGUGAAGGAGCAGUUCAAGUUGAGAGUGGGAGGAAAGUGAUGGUUGUGGUGGACACAACUUCACAAUCAAAGAACGCUCUUCAAUGGGCAUUAACACAUUGUGUUCAAGAUGAAGACAAUAUCACUCUCCUCCAUGUUACAAGAACACCCGUAGGACAAGCUAUCGAUGAGACACAAAGGGAGAGAAACUCCAGGGCUCAUGAACUAGUUCAUCCAUUGAAGAACUUUUGCCAACUGAAGAAACCUAACGUCAAAACGGAGAUAGUGGUGGUGGAGACGGCAGAGGAGAAAGGGAAGACGAUAGUUGAGGAAUCAAAGAAACAAGGGGCAGGCGUUUUGGUUUUAGGGCAGAGAAAGAGAACCUCUAAAUGGCGCGUGAUCUGGAAAUGGCGUGCAAAGGGAGGAAUGGGAGGAGGAGUUGUUGAGUAUUGUAUUCAUAACUCCGAUUGUAUGGCUAUUGCCGUAAGGAAGAAAAGUAACAAUGGAGGUUACUUGAUCACCACGAAACGUCACAAAGAUUUCUGGCUCCUGGCUUAAUUUUUUUUAUUACACCAAACCAACCACAUUGAUCCCCAAACCCUUUUUUAUUUUGUAAUCGAAACGAAUCUUCAAAAAAAAAAAACAUGUUCAUGGAUAUGAUUAAUGAUUGAUGGUCUGUAUUCGUCAAAAGAAUUAAUUUGUUAUCAUGUAAAGACUUAUUUGUCAACGUUUGUUCAAUUGUGUUCAGCAUCAAAAUAUAAAGCUUUAUCAGGA